UAAAUUUGUUUUUCGCUGCCUUUGUAACGAAGGUUUGCCCGUUGUGGUGGUUUUAACCACGGAAUGUCCGUCAGUACCCGGGUGUAAAUUAGCCUCUUGUUGUCAUGGUAGCGAGUAACGUUAGGUUACUGUGAAUAACCGUGAUUCACGAGUAGCUAACGCUAACUUAACUGCUUUGGUUAAAGAAGUUAACGUUACAUAUUUGAGGUCUUCAUUAUUUUCAACUCAAUAUAUCAUGUCGGACACAGUUCAAAACGAAGAUAAUUUGGGAGCAGUUUUAUUUCAGAAUUAAGAGGAUUUGAAACAACUCAAAUGUGCUCUUGAGAACAUAUCUGUCAAUGAAAGGGGUCAAACACUGGAUAUUCAAGCUCUGGAUGCUGCCAUUGGCAAGACAGAAAGAAGCGUCAGGAAGCAUGCAGAUGAUUAUCUGAAAACAGUGACAAAGCAGUUGCUGGUCCUUCCAAGAAUUGAAGACUUUCAAAAGAAGAAACAGAUUCCCAAAUGGAAACCUGCCCUGGAGAGUAUCCAAGAUGUGUGUCCACAAAGGGAAGCCAUUCCUGGGGCUUCACCUGUGGAAAAGCACAAGUCAGCUUUAACCAAGCAUUUGUUGCAUAAUCCUGCUCAUCCAAACAACAGAGUUGUUAUGCACCAGAAAUUUGGGAUAUCACUCCCUGAUGUCCACAAGAGGAAGACAAAUAAAGCAAAACUUGACGAAAUAAUCACUGGCCCUUUGGUGAGUCUUCCAGUCACAAAGUGCCGUUAUGGCCUGGCAAAGCCAGAAGAAGACGUGGGGACAGUGCCAAAUACAAAUUCGCUUCAAAUGGCGAUACAGCACAAGGCAGCGUCUCUUCACUCCAGAGAGGAUUCACUUUCUCCAAAGACAGGUCAGAUAGGCGUGAUGUCUAGGAGUCACAAGCAGCUAAAAUCUGAAACAGAACCUGGAUCCACCUGCAAAACCAUAGACAGAGAGUGGACACCCAUCCCCAUCAAGGCUCCGCCUCCUUCCGCAACCUCUAACGGCAUGGAGCACAGGGACAUGAUGCCAGGCACCAACGGCCUUUUCCCCAAAAGCCCUCAUAAUCUACCCCUGCAAGGACGAGUAAAUAUCAACAAAUGCGACUUUACAAUCUUAAUGGGACGCACCAACCCAAUGGCGAGAGAUUUCCGUGAAUUUAAGCAGAGCUUUAGCUUGUGCUGGAGCAGUGUGGUGGAUGCCCUGGAGGCCCUGGAAAAGCUGCUCAGGGACUUUGCUGUGCCACUGGCCAGAGUGAGCGGGCGACGGCUGGUGGAGUUAGGCCAUGCGUGGGAAAGUGGUUGGUUAAAGGCUCCUCCGCCGACCGGCUUCCUCUCAGUGCUCGAGAACUGGGAGGAGGUGUUGGUUCUGCUCUCACGCCCAGGUCAGCGCUACAAGGGAGAGGGAGGCAUUGAGGCGGCUGCCGUCCACAUUCAGUCCUGCUGGAGGCGCCACUUUGCCCGAACGGCCUACCUGCGCCACUGCCGGCGCAGGUGGGCGGCAGGCACCAUAGCUGUCUCAUGGCUGAUGUUCACUCAGAUGCGUCACGUCAGGAAGGCCCUACAGGCCCGUCGUUCCAGACAACUGGAGAAUUUCCGCAGCAGAGCCAAGCAUCUGGCAGCCAACUGGAAACGCAUCCAGUCCUCCAAGAGGACCAUUAUCCACAUCCCUUCAUUAGGAUACUCACAAAACCGGCGUAUGAACUUGAGGGGAUAUGACAUCCUACAGAACAUCCAAAUAAGCAGACUGUGUGAUAUUCGAGAUGAAAAUGUGGACGUGAUCUACGUAUGUCCACGACAUCUCGGAGAUGACAUUUUGCACUAUUACACCCGCCUCCUGAAGUGUGGUGGAGCCCCAGACGAGGAUGGCACCAGGCCCCCUGCGGCCUCGUCCUCCUCGGCCAGACGCUUCAUCAUCCUCACACCUGAGGCUAUUGAUUAUUUCCCGACCCGUAACCUGUGCCUAUCCACACUGCUAAAGUACAGUCCACGCACCCUGAAGCGCAUCAAGCACCUGAUCCAGGGCAAGCAGGCCUAUAUUGUGGGUGGGGUGGCCCAUGAGGAUGACCUGGCCGUGGCUGAUGAGCUAGGAGUGUCAAUCCUGGCUUCAGAACCGGCAAUCGCACAGCUCCACAGCACCAAAUCUGGAGGGAGGAGCAUCUUUUCCGGAGCAGAGGUUGAUGUAUCCCCGGGUCGAGGAGACAUCUACACGCUCAUCCAGCUUCAUGAAGCACUGGCUGGACUCAUGGCUCAAAACGUCGAUGUGCAUCGCUGGCUCUUUAAGAUGGACUCUGAAUACGGAGGCUGUGGGACGGCAUACUGCGACACAUGUCAUCUGAGCUGCUAUAACUGGGCUCUGCAGGAAUGCCAUCGUUAUGGUCCUGAGCUAUGGAAGACCGAAUGGAUUCAGGAGUCCGUACAGCUCAGAUAUUUAAAGGAAGUCCCGGAGUGGCUUGCUGGUCACGCCCAGCCGGCUAAGACCUCCUGCUAUCCCAACUGGGCCUGCUUCCUGAAGAGCUUCCUCAGACAAGGCGGUGUGGUGGAGGCCUACCCCCCUUCAGAAUGUGUCACCUGCCUCACCGUGGAUCUGCUGCUGGAGCCCGGCGGUGAGGUGACCAUGUUGUCCUGUGGAGACCAGCUUCAGGGCUCCUGUCAACUGGAAGCUAUGGGCUCCACUGUUCCUCAGACCUCCGUGAACCCAGAGACCUUGCAAUCCAUCAGCAUGCGUGUUGGCCAGGCCUGUUUACAGCGCCUUAUCGUGGGUUAUGUCUCCGUGGACCUGGCUACCUUCCUGAACCGCAACACCAUGGAGCAGAAGGUGUGGGCUAUUGAUCUGGACCUUGCAUACAGUGACCAGCUGGCCAUGACCCAGAUGCUUCUGAUGAUGACUGGAGGAACGCUGAAUUGCAGCACAGGCUGUUUAGAAGUGCCGAUCCAAGAGAAAUGCUGUGAACAUCAGAUUGCAGCCAAACCUCCUGUGUUUAAUCGUUAUGCAGUUAUUGGGAGCCACUUGUUUCACUCUAACCUCUCCAUGUUGUACCAUAAUGUGUUCUUCAUGGUGUGCGACGCUCAUGGCAUAGGAUUUAACAACAAGGGAAAGCAUGGAACAGUCUUUGCAAUUUACGACAGCAGUGAGCGCUGCACCAUUGGAAUGAUAACAGUCUCUGAAGAUCUCCAGGGAGCUCUGGUGACCUUUGCUCGGAAUCUGUCAGUCAUUCAUCAGGAAAUAUCGCCUUCUAAAAUGCAAGGAGAAACCAAUUUUAAGGAGUUGAUCAAGAACAUAAGACGACGUACUGCAGAUGACUGUUCGGAACAGAAUGCGAGCUGUGGAAGAUAAACCUGCUGCUUAAGACAGCUGCUUCAGUAAUAAACUUGCCUUGCAGAGUUGAGAUAUCACGUAUUCAGCAUCAUCAAUGUUAAAAUAUAGUGUGAAUAUACAUAUAAACCUUGGGGAUUAGUUAAUGUCGAUAAAAGAAUUGAGCUGAAUGAAUUCCUAAAAAAACACUCUGACACACAAUCCGCGGUGAACCUUAUGAUAUCUUUAGAUCUAUUUUAGCUGCUUGAAUAUGGUUAAAUAUUAGGAAAUGCUCAUAAUGACACACAGUAAAGUAUGUAAUUCUGCUAGUGAAUAAUAAUACUGGUAGACUUGAUUCAUAAAUGAAUAAACUUUUCUACAAACCGUUCAUUUGAAUUAUAUAAAGUCAUUUCAUUUUGUGUUGGAAAUUGCAGCUCAAUUAUGGGAUUAUGUAGUGUUUGUGUGAUGCAUAUUAUUUUGUUUAUAGAUGGCAUAGAUUAGUAUGUUGAAUAUAUUAUUUAGUUAUUGUUUUAGGAGAUGUUGUUUAUUCAUUUAAUCUGUGAACUGGUCACCACACACUACUUUUUAAAAAAUGAGAAUAUUGUUCUCGUUGUAACUUGCAAAAGCACUAUUUCUGUUGGAUCACAAUGUGUAAUAUGUUGUUGUUUUUAUUUUUUCAUAUUGACUAAUGUGUUUCAGAUAAAUAAAGUUGAAAACUUUUUUAUCAAAAAUAUUUUGACGUUGAUAUAAAAAAAACAUGUGCUAGCCUGCCAGUGUUCAGAAUUAUUCAUUAUUUUGUGAUUUGUACUUGUUUGCUGAAUUAGCGAAUAAUGCAAAUACUUACUUUUAUACAAUAUGUAUGCAUCAUUGCAUGUGAACAUUAACAGUAUUUAUGUGUGUAUUCAGGCAUACGAGUGUGACUCAACAUGUUUGUUUUGUGCGGCCCAGUAUUAAUUGUGGCUGACAUGGAGAGAUUGUAUAGGUUUGGGUGUAUUGGCUGCUGUCCAUGGUGCUGCUCUACGGCAGACCACUGAACCCUGGACAUAUUUCAGC